UCACAUGCCGGUGUUAUCUUAUGUUAUCGCAUAGCGGUGUGUUUUCAGUAACUGUGGAUGUAGAAGUUGAGAUUAAUAGACCUUUCAAAAACUCUAAAAAAUUAAAUUGUUCACAAUGACUGAAAAUAUGUUAUUACACUACCAAACACCAUUAUCUAGUCGUUAUGCAAGCGAAGAAAUGUCACGAAAUUUCAGUGACAUCAAGAAAUUUACUACAUGGAGAAAACUCUGGGUAUAUCUUGCCAAAGCAGAAAAGAUCUUAGGCUUAAAUAUUACUGAUGAGCAAAUUGAACAAAUGGAAGCAAAUAUAGAAAAAAUUGACUUCCAAGCUGCAGCUAAAGAAGAAAUGCUUACAAGACAUGAUGUGAUGGCACAUGUUCAUGUAUUUGCUGCUCAGUGUCCGAAAGCAGCACCAAUAAUUCAUUUAGGAGCAACCUCAUGUUAUGUUGGAGAUAACACAGACCUGAUAUUAAUCCGAGAUGGGUUGAAUAUUUUACUACCUAAG